AUGUCAGAUCAGGAAGAAGACGAGAAAAAAUCGAUCGCGUCUGUGAAUAACGAGAUAGUACCACUGAAAAAUGUUCCAAAAAUAACUGUUCGAUUUCACAAUAAUACUCAAGUGUCUGUUAUUGUGCACCUCUCGUCGAUUGGCAGUUUUGUUCACGAGCAACGAUCAGUUCCUUCCAAUGCAAGCGUCGAAUUUGAAAUUGCUGAAGGUCUCGCUUUCGUCGUUCUGGCCGUCUCUUCUGAAAAUGCGCCAGCUUCCAUCAGGGAAACUUUGGAGAAUCCUCUUCCUGAAAUCGCUGAUCGAAUAAAUCAUCGAAGAAUGAUCACGACUUCGAGAAAUAAUAGACUGUUUCAAAUUUUUGGCGGCCCGAUUCAAGACGAAGCAGAGGAAAACUGGAUGAAAUUGUUCAUUUGCUCCACUUAUGACAGUUUCAACGACUUUCCGCGAAUAAGAGCACUGCCAGAAACGAAAAAUAAAGACGCUUCCGCUGGCGAUAAGGCUCUCCGAUUCGCGAAGAACAACAAGACUGCUCUUAUCGCUGGAACUGCUUGUGCUGCUGCUGGUGCUCUUUUUCUUCCAGUCGCACUUCCUCUCCUCGGCUUCACCGCUUCGGGCAUCGCGGCCGGUUCAGUCGCUGCCUCUGCCCAGUCCUUUUUCUACGGCGCUUUUACUGGAGGAAUUUUCAGCGUUUUCCAAUCCAUGGGCGCUGUCGGUGUUUCCGCGGGAGUAACUGCCACCAUGGCUAUGUUUGGUUUUGCCACUGGGGCGGGAAUAGGAAAGCUUGUUCAAGCAGAAAUAAUUCACCAAAUUCCUGUCUUUCAUCGAAUAACUGGCGAAACGCGGAUUUUGGUGGAUCAUCCCUUGUUCCGAAAUCUCAGGUCGAUCACCAUUCUCAUUCGCGAAGACGGAAAUGAAACACGUCGAAUUGGCUUCAUUUGCUCAUUCACUCGGUCGAAUCAAAUCUAUCGCUACCGAUUUCAAUUUUCCAAAGCUCGCUUCGACUUCGAACUCCAAGUGCCGCGAGUGACUGGGGAAGAAUGGCAGGAGUUCAUCUGGCUUGAUUUCGCGAAUUUUGACGGACAGCAACUUGAGUAUGUUUAUGUUCUCAAACCUCGUCAGAAAAAAGAAGAUAAAUGA